AUAAAUCCAAACCCAAACACCCCUAUGGUAAAAUGAUCGUAGAACCGAAUCAAAGCAUGUGAGUCGGUCCAAAAAGGUGUCGUGGUUGAUCGCCGAGUAUAUUCCUUUCUAAUCCCUCCGGCGACCCCCCGUAAUUCACGCCCUAUUUCACCUCACCACCCCCAACCAAACCCAUUUCCAAAUGCAAAUUCUAACCCAUCACUCGUGUUUUCCGGUCAACGACCCUCUGCUUUGACCACCGUCACACCCACUUUCAUUUAUGCAUCCUUUCUGCUGCGUUCCCGCCGAUCACACCAACAAUUCGAUGCCAUCCACUCCCAAUUAUCACAUCCUCAACAACAAUUACAAUUACACCACCACCAACAAUAAUAAUAAUAAUAAUCGGGUGUCGGAUUCUGUACGGAUGAGGCUGACGAGUGGAGAUCAGAGAGAUGUGAAGAUUAAUGAUAUUGUGGGGGAUGGGAUAUCUGGGGUUUUGAAUAAGUGGGUUAAUUAUGGGAAAGGGUGGAGACCCAGAUGGUUUGUAUUGCAAGAUGGGGUGCUUUCUUAUUAUAAGAUUCAUGGGCCUGAUAAGAUUGUUGUUAGUAAAGAGACAGAAAAAGGGGCUAGGGUUAUUGGUGAUGAGUCUUUUCGUAGGUUGUCUCGUCACCGGAGUUCUGGGUUUAAUGGUGUUACUGUUGCUUCCAAUCGGGGUUAUCGGAAGCCUGUUGGUGAAGUUCAUCUUAAGGUUUCAUCUGUUCGUGAAAGUAGGUCAGAUGACAGAAGAUUUUCCAUUUUUACUGGGACAAAAAGGCUGCAUUUGAGGGCAGACACGAGGGAUGAUCGAAUUGCAUGGAUGGAAGCUUUACAGGCUGUGAAGGGCAUGUUUCCAAGAAUGUCGAACAGCGAAUUAAUGGCUCCCAUUGGCGGCAUUACACUAUCGACAGAAAAGUUAAGGCAACGGUUAUUGGAAGAAGGUGUAAGUGAAGCAGCCAUUCAGGACAGUGAAACUAUUAUGAUGACUGAAUUUUCAGCAAUGCAAGACCAGUUAGUGCUUCUUAAGCAGAAGCAUUUGCUUCUCAUGGACACAUUGCGUAUGCUAGAGACAGAAAAGGUUGACCUCGAGAACACAGUAGUCGAUGAGAGCCAAAGGCUGUCAAAGGAGGUUGGCGCAACGUCAAGAUUAAGGCAAGGGAAAUACAGCGAUGCAAGCCCGAGUGAAUCAGAGGACGAUAACGAUAGGGGAGAUGCUGCAGAAGAAGAGUCAGACGAUGAAGAUAAUGCGUUCUUCGACACUCGGGACUUUUUAUCAUCAGGUUCAUUUAGAAGUAGUGGGUCCGACAUGAGGUCAUCUUCUUUCACGUCUGAUGAUGAAGAUCUUCAAUAUAACGAACCAGAAAUUGAUGCUUCGAUCAGAUCAGUUGGUACAAGUUUCCCUCGUGUUAAGAGAAGGAAAAAGUUGCCAGAUCCUAUUGAAAAAGAAAAGGGAGUAAGUCUUUGGUCAAUGAUUAAAGAUAAUAUUGGAAAAGAUCUUACCAAAGUGUGUCUUCCUGUAUACUUCAACGAGCCUAUUUCUUCUCUGCAAAAAUGUUUUGAAGAUUUGGAGUACUCUUAUCUUCUUGACCGUGCAUAUGAAUGGGGCAAAAGGGGUAACGGCCUUAUGCGGAUUUUGAAUGUGGCUGCAUUUGCAGUAUCUGGUUAUGCAUCUACCGAAGAAAGAAGCUGCAAACCUUUUAAUCCAUUGCUAGGGGAGACUUACGAGGCAGAUUAUCCAGAUAAAGGCCUUCGUUUUUUCUCCGAAAAGGUCAGUCAUCACCCGAUGAUUGUAGCAUGUCACUGUGAGGGUAAAGGAUGGAAGUUUUGGGGAGAUAGCAACUUGAAAAGCAAAUUUUGGGGUCGUUCGAUUCAACUCGACCCCGUUGGGGUUUUAACUUUGGAAUUUGACGAUGGAGAGGUUUUUCAGUGGAAUAAGGUUACAACAUCCAUAUACAACCUUAUUUUGGGAAAGCUUUAUUGUGACCAUUAUGGCACGAUGCGUAUCCAAGGGAACAAAAAUUAUUCUUGUAAGCUGAAAUUCAAGGAGCAGUCCAUCAUAGAGCGGAACCCACAUCAGGUACAAGGCGUUGUUCAAGAUAGGAGUGGAAAAACUGCAGCGACUUUAAUUGGGAAAUGGGACGAAAGCAUGCAUUUUGUUAACGGAGACUGUUCUGGGAAAGGAAAAGGCGACCCGUUUUCAGAUGCUCAUUUGCUGUGGAGAAGAAGCAAACCUCCAAAAUUCCCCACAAGAUAUAACCUAACUCGCUUUGCUAUUACUUUAAACGAGCUUACCCCUGGACUAAAGGAGAAGCUUCCACCAACCGAUUCAAGGCUAAGACCAGACCAAAGGUGUUUAGAAAACGGCGAGUAUGAAAUGGCAAAUGCAGAGAAACUAAGAUUAGAGCAACGCCAGCGACAGGCUAGGAAAAUGCAAGAGAGAGGGUGGAAGCCACAGUGGUUCGCAAAGGAUAAAGCAAGUGAUACGUUUGUUUAUACCGGGGGAUAUUGGGAGGCUAGAGAACAAGCGAAGUGGGAUUCAUGUCCUGAUAUUUUCGGACAAUUUUCUUCGGACCAGACGUUAGACUGAUGAGUUUGGUGAUUUCAAGAUCCAUGAAGAUGUUCAUAGAAGGCUGUUUUUGGUUCUCCAUUUGUGUUUAGUUUUCUAUACCCCCCAUUCCCCUACCUUGUAUUUUUUUCUUCAUAUAGUUUUUUUUUUAUAUUUAUUUUUGGUCUUUUUCUCCAACGUUAGAUUCUUCUCUCAUUAAACCAUAUUUUAUACAAGUCGGAAAUCGCGACUAUUUGAGUUUUUUUAAUUAAUGAAAAGUCUAUUUGGUGAGCU